CCGGGCCGGCGACUGGAGCUCCGCCACACAGACUGUGAGUGAAAGUCGUAAGCAAGUGUCGUGCAGGGGCUACAUGACGGGGAUCAUAAAGAAAGCUGGAGAAUUGUUUUGAUUAGGGGUUUGUUUUUUGUUCUGAGUGAAGAGUGGCACGUAAACCAAAGAUUUUAAGCCGCCAGACGAAAUGCUUUGCCACGUUACUCGCCCGGACUCGGUAGUGAUGGAAGUGGAAGUUGACGCCAAGGCAAACGGGGAGGAUUGUUUGAAUAAGGUUUGCAGAAAGUUAGGCAUAAUCGAGGUGGACUACUUUGGGCUGCAGUUCACGGGAAGCAAAGGCGAGAACCUGUGGCUCAAUCUGAGGAAUCGCAUUUGUCAGCAGAUGGACAACGUGGUGCCCUGCCGACUGAGACUGCGAGUAAAGUUCUUUGUGGAGCCCCAUCUUAUUCUGCAGGAACAAACCAGACACGUAUUCUUCAUGCAAGUGAAAGAGGACCUCCACAACGGUCACCUGCGCAUGGGCUUGGAGCAAGCUGAGGAACUGAGUGCCCUCUUGGCCCAGGCCGAGUUUGGCGACUACAACCAAAACACAGCCCAGUACUGGUACUCAGAGCUUUGUGGGGAGGAGCCCUGUCCUGACACCAUCAACAGCAUUGUAUCCAGACACAAGGCUCUGGAGGGGGCGAGCCAAGGCUCUGUGGAGUAUCAAGCCCUGCAGCUUGUCUCUUUGCUGGAGCACUACGGCGUGGAGUGGCACUGGGCCCGGGACGCCAACGGACAACGUCUGGCCAUCGGCGUCGGACCUGAAGGCAUCGCCAUCUGCAAGGAGGACUUCAGCCUCGUCAACCGGGUGAGCUAUCCUGUCAUUCAGAUCGCCACCCAGUCGGGGAAGACCGUUUACUUGACGGUUACCAAAGAGACCAACGACAACGUAGUGCUUAUGUUCAAGCUGAUCAGCAAUCGGGCCGCCAGUGGCUUGUACCGUGCCAUCACCGAAACCCACGCCUUUUACAGGUGCGACACAGUUACAAACGCGGUGAUGAUGCAGUACAGCCGGGACUUCAAGGGCCACCUGGCGUCCCUCUUCCUCAACGAAAACAUAAACUUGGGCAAGAAGUACGUCUUCGACAUCCGCCGCACGUCCAAGGAAGUCUACGAUCACGCCCGCCGCGCCCUCUACAACGCCGGCGUCAUGGACUUAAUGUCACGCUCCAGCAGCGGCUCGCCGUCGUCACGCUCACCCAGCCGGGACGACAUGCAGCAUCACGAGGAGGCGGAGCAGCAAGACGACGGCUCCGACUGUGGCAGCUGCCAGCAGAGUCGAGCGCUGCAGGAGAGGCUGCAGAAGCUGCAAGAGGCGCUGCUGUGCAUGCUGUGCUGCGAGGAGCAGAUCGACGCUGCCUUCUGCCCGUGCGGACACCUAGUGUGCUGCCAGACCUGCGCCAGUCAGCUGCAGUUGUGUCCAGUGUGUCGCUCAGAGGUGGAGCACGUGCAGCACGUUUACCUGCCCACCUGCACGAGCCUGCUCAACCUGACCAUGGCCGACAACCAACGGCACCACGGCGGAAUCUCGGCGUCCAUCUGCCGCGACCUGACCUCUUCUCAUAACUGCACAGAGUACGACAAGAUCUACCACACGUAAAGGAAUGACUUUUGGGGAACCCUUUUAUUUUUUUUGUGGUACGUCAAUGUUUCUACCCCACCAUCCCCUGAUUGAUGGACAAACCACUCCCUCCAAGAUGUGAGUGUGUGCGUGUAUUUUGACAAAUGGUUUUAGUCCGCAAUGUUAAUUUAAAUGAUCGCAUCAGUUGAGCUGAUACAUCACACACCUUUUUUUUUUAUGUUGUUUUUAGAAGAGCACUGUACAAACUGGUGUUCACCUUUUUAGAAGCCUUUGUGAUUUUCACUAAACUUUUAUUGAAUGGAGUGAGA